AUGGAUUCGAAAAAAGAAAAAGUCCGUGUAGAAGAUCUGAUGAUGAGUAGAGAGAUGCUCUCUCAGCUUCAACAGAACAUUGAGAACGCCACUUCUGGAUCAUCUGCUUCCAAGUCAGCUGAUCUUCAAAACCUCUCUAGAGAAAUACAACGUCAUCUCAUCAAGACGGCCCCUACUCAGGAUCCGAAUUGGGCUAAUCCGAGUAAAUCGACGUCGCAUAUAAAAGAUGAGCUUGACAAGGUGUUUACUGUUGAGAAAGUUGGACACUCAUGCGACUUAUGCCAAAGAGAUCUAGCAACUGAUCCGGAACGUCCUAAUGCUUCUUUGCGCACCUUACAAGAGGCGUGUGUGUUGGCUUGUGGUCAUGUCUACCACUUCAAGUGUUUAAAGGGCGCCACUCUUGAUAUUGAUAACCGUUCUGCUAACCCUUCCUGCAUUUUCUGCAUCAGCUCCUCUUAA